AUGUUCGUGUUAAUUUCUACACUCAGAAUCUUGGUUCGAUAUGUUCCAGUUAAGUUACCAAAUCCAAAUCUAAGAUGGGUUUCAAGUUCCACCAAAGCCCUUCCAUUUGUGCAAGACCCACAACACUGCAUUCGCGUUUUCUGCAAUGCCAGGCAAUACCAGAAUCACGCAGAGUACGAGCUUGCAUUGGUUUCCGCUCUCAAGUCCUGUUCCUCUCUCUCCACCUCCUAUCAGGGCCGCCAAAUUCAUUCUCUGGUCUUCAAACUCGGACUCCAUUCCAACACGUUCAUUGGGAAUAGCUUGAUCAACCUGUAUGCAAAAUGCGGUUUAAUUUGUGGUGCCCGGUUACUGUUUGAGGCUUGUCCUACGUUGGACCCUGUCUCCUGUAACAUUAUGGUUUCUGGGUAUGUAAAAGCUGGUCAAUUGGACAAUGCCCGCCAACUGUUUGACAUAAUGCCUGGUAAAGGUUGUGUCUCCUACACCACCAUGAUAAUGGGUCUUGUCCAAAAUGAGUGCUUUGAAGAAGCCCUUGAGGUUUUCAAGGACAUGAGGUCUGAUGGUGUGGUCCCAAAUGAUUUGACUCUGGUGAAUGUGAUAUCAGCUUGCUCACAUUUUGGUGAAAUUUUGAACUGUCGAAUGAUUCAUGCCUUGGCUAUUAAAUUGUUCGUUGAGGGGUUGGUUCUUGUUUCGACGAAUUUGAUGCAUGCAUACUGUCUUUGUUCAGGUAUAGGGGAAGCAAGAAGGUUGUUUGACAAGAUGCCUGAACGGAAUUUAGUCUCGUGGAAUGUAAUGUUGAAUGGAUAUGCAAAGGCAGGGCUUGUUGACACGGCCAGGGAGUUGUUUGAGAGAAUUCCCGAUAAAGAUGUGAUUUCAUGGGGCACAAUGAUUGAUGGGUAUAUCCAAAUGGAUUGUUUGCAUGAAGCUUUGAUGGUGUAUCAUGCAAUGCUACAAACUGGACAGGGUCCUAAUGAGGUCAUGGUUGUGAAUUUGAUUUCAGCAUGUGGUCGGCUGACUGCAAUUGGUGAUGGUCAGCAAUUGCAUGGAACAGUCGUUAAGAGAGGCUUUGACUGUUAUAACUUUAUACAGACUACAAUCAUCCAUUUUUAUGCAGCUUGUGGGAUGAUGGACCUUUCCUUUUUGCAAUUUGAAGUGGGUUUAAAAGAUCACCUAGAAUCAUGGAAUGCUCUUGUUGCUGGUUUCAUGAAAAAUGGAAUGAUGGACCAGGCUAGGCAUAUUUUUGAUGAAAUGCCUGAAAGAGAUGUCUUUUCAUGGAGUACCAUGAUUUCUGGCUACGCACAAACUGAACAGCCCAAAAUGGCUCUUGAAAUCUUCCAUAAAAUGGUAGCCGGUGGGAUCAAACCAAAUGAAGUUACCAUGGUGAGUGUAUUCUCUGCAAUUGCCACGUUAGGCACAUUGAAGGAAGGAAGACGGGCCCAUGAAUAUGUAUGUAGUGAGUCUAUUCCUUUGAAUGACAAUUUACGUGCUGCUCUGAUUGAUAUGUAUGCAAAAUGUGGGAGCAUCAACACUGCCUUACAAUUUUUCAAUCAGAUGCGAGACAAAGCCUAUUCUGUGUCCCCUUGGAAUGCAAUUAUUUGUGGGUUAGCCUCGCAUGGACAUGCAAGUAUGUGCCUAGAGGUUUUUUCCGAUUUGCAGAGGUAUCAUAUUAAACCCAAUCAGAUUACAUUCAUAGGAGUCCUAAGUGCUUGUUGCCAUGCCGGGAUGGUAGAUCCGGGGCGAAGAAUAUUUAAAAGCAUGAAGAGUGUAUACAAUGUGGAACCAGAUAUCAAGCAUUAUGGUUGUAUGGUUGAUCUUUUGGGCCGAGCUGGGCUAUUAGAAGAAGCUGAGGAAAUGAUAAGGAGCAUGCCAAUGGAGGCCGACAUGGUGAUAUGGGGAACUUUAUUAGCAGCAUGUAGAACUCAUGGAAAUGUCAAUAUAGGAGAGAGGGCUGCAGAGAGUUUGGCAGGGUUGGCACCAUCGCAUGGUGGAGGUAAAGUUCUCCUAUCAAACAUAUAUGCAGAUGCAGGAAGGUGGGAGGAUGUAUCAUUGGUAAGAAGAAUCAUGCAGAAUCAGAGAAUGGAGAGAACGCCUGGGUGCAGUGGUGUUAUAAGGUAGUUAAAGGAGCUUCAAUUCACUUACAUUGUUUUGCUAAUUUUAAGGAUGAAGAUGUUAAACUUUCAGUAUUAACAUCAACGUCACUUUUAUCCCAAUCUAAGGCAUGCUGAUCUUUCAUUAUGAAAUUUUUUUAAGGAAUUAUCAUGGAUCCAGGUUAUAUAAAUUGUCUAGAAUUACCCCUUAUUAGUUGUGCUUUAGGUAUACUGUUAUUAUUAUAUAUGAGCUUCAAAAUAAUUUGUUUUGGAACCUGGAAAUAAGGGAAAUCCAGACUAUACUCGGUCAUUAUGCACUAUUGGAAGUAAAAAAUGUGAGGUUGCUGAUACCAAACCGGAAGAUCCUGAUCCAACAUUCUAGUAGAUGUGGGGAGCUAAUAGGAAUGCUAUUAACGGUCAAGGAUGUCUUAAAACUUCUGUUAUACUUCGGUCUUGUUAUGACCGACAUUUAAUAUAACUGUUAAGAUAAUAGGUAGAGUUUAGGAAUGAUGACCGACUAUUUGUCUUUUGAUGUGUUGAGGAGCUAUUGAGUUUGAAUAGAUUUUAGCGAAGAAACAUAAUUUG